AUGGCUGAAGUCGAUGAUUACCUCCAAGAGGGCUUCGAUCCGCGCAGCGUCACAGUGCCGCGCUUGCGGUCCAUCCUCGUCACGCACAAUGUGGAUUAUCCAUCGACAGCGAAGAAGGGACAACUGGUAGACUUGGUCAAUGAUCACGUUUUAUCACAGGCUGCGAAGCUGCGGGCACAGAGGGCUCAGGCGAAACGAUCCAGCUUAGGGUUCGUCAAUGCAGGCAGUGCAGAAGAUUCCAACAUUUGGGAUGAACACGAUACGCGCUCACGCCAUUCGUCUAUGCGCAGGUCGAUGUCGCCACGGAAGAGCUCGAGCAGAAUUAAGACCGAGCCCGAGGAACCAGAACCCAAUAUUCUGCGCAGUCCGCGCAAGCGCAGCUCAAGAUCUGCCAGCCGGCAGCUUUCGCAUUUUGACGAAGAUGACGGCACCGCAUCCGUUGCGUCUAAGAUGACGCGUCGGAGCAGUAGAAGGACCGUCACUCCUCAAAUAAAAGAUGAGUCGGAAGAGGAGGAGUAUCCCACUCAUGCUGAUCGCUCGAAUGAAUAUCUUCAGCCGGCAGAGGUAGAAGGGGACGGUGGACAUGACGAGUCUGUUUUCACCGACGACAACCCUUUUCAAAGCGGAAGCUCCCCGCCACCGGUAAAAACUCCAAGCAACCGUCGACGCACUUUGGGCGAGGACAUCUCUAAGAGCGUGCGAUCUGCCAGGAGAAGAACCGAUGGUUUUACCGAUGGAAGCAAAAAGUCCAGAGUAUCAGAAAUAUCAGCGCCCAGGUUACGGCCAAGAACCCCUGAAUUCUCUUUGGAGCCUGGCGAGGAGUUUACUGCUGAAGAGCAGCUCGAAUUGGAAGAAGCUCAAAGCACGGGUGAAGUCGCUCCAAUUUUGCGCAAGAGCCGUAAACCAGCACGCCAAACAAGCGUACUGACACCCCUCUUUGUUCUUCUUAUGGCUCUUUUUGGCGCUUACGGAGCUUGGUAUCGACAAGAGAAACUUGCUGUCGGAUACUGCGGCCUUGGUAGACAGGUGAAGCCACUCCUGCCACCAGAGAUUGUAGUUCCUGAUGCGAUACUGCCUUUUGUUGAACCCCAAUGCGAACCAUGUCCUGCAAAUGCCUACUGCUACGAGGGCUUCAAUGUGAGAUGUAUCCAAGGAUUCAUUCAGAAACCUCACCCGUUGUCAUUCGGCGGACUGGUCCCUCUCCCACCAACAUGUGAGCCCGAUAGCGAGCAGGAACGCCGAGUUCAGGCCGUGGCUGACAAGGCGGUUGAGGAGCUUAGAGAGCGCCGAGCCAAGUACGAAUGCGGUGACCUGGUCGACGAAGCGGGUCAACAGGAAGAUUCGCCUGCAAUCGCAGAGGAAGAUUUAAAACACGUUGUCAGCAAAAAACGAAACAAGAGACUUAGUGACGAGGAAUUUGACGACCUGUGGGAGAAGGCUAUCGGCAAAGUCACUACGAGAGAAGAAGUUGAGGUUCAGGUUGAGACAACCCAGUGA